CUUUCAAGGGCUGAUGCCGUGAGCCUCUAUUUCCUGAUCUUCAUCGCUGACCUAUCCAUGCAUUCCCUGUUCGACCACCUCUCUUAGCUGCCGAGACCCAUGACGGUCGCGGCUCAUGACCAAGCCACCAGUACUGGUGGGAAAUCUCGAGGUCGUGUGCAUUUACAGGAACGCAUUUCCUUCCCCUGCAUCCGAGCGAGAUAACGGUCCGUGCCCUACCCAUCGUAUCUACUAGAGGCGAGGACGUCGGCCGGUCCACAUCGAAGGCAUCUGCUCGGACACGGAAUGCUGCCUACUAUGCGACUCUGGACCCUUGUCUCCUCAGUUCUUGCGCUUGUCACGUUCCAAGCAGCCGUGUAUGCAUCGCGAUUGUCUGCUAGGUCGCUUCUCCCCGAGCAGCGCAUUGCUAUCAGGGAAUCGCUGCCUGACUUGUACGAAGCGUCAGUUGUAGAACUGCAAGCCGGAUUACAAUCCGGCCUGUUCACCAGUGUUGAACUCGUUAAGGCAUACUUCGCUCGAAUUGAGGAAGUCAAUCUGCAGGGGCCCCUGCUCCGCGCCGUCAUCGAAACGAACCCAUCCGCUCUGACGCAAGCGGCCGCGUUGGAUGCAGAGAGGCUCGAGACAGGCCCACGCAGCUUGCUCCAUGGUAUCCCGGUAUUGGUCAAGGAUAACAUCGCCACAAUCGCCUCCGAGGGAAUGAACACCACCGCUGGGUCGUACAGUCUACUCGACUCUGUCGUUCCCGCGGAUGCCGGUGUCAUAACGAAGCUACGUGCCGCCGGAGCCAUCAUCCUCGGCAAGGCUAACCUAUCUGAGUUUGCACACUUCCGAGGCAACCUAGCCUCGGGCUGGUCUGGACGAGGCGGUCAAUGUACGAAUGCGUACUUCCCUCACGCCGAUCCUUGUGGGUCGUCUGCAGGAUCCGCCGUCGCCGCAUCCAUCGGGCUGGCUGCAGUUACCCUCGGUACUGAGACAGACGGAAGCAUCACCUGUCCGGCGAACCAGAACAACCUCGCUGGGAUAAAGCCGACCGUAGGGCUCACCUCACGCGCAGGAGUGAUCCCCAUCUCCGAGCACCAAGACACAGUCGGCCCGCUUACGCGCUCCAUGGCCGACGCCGCAAUCGUGCUCUCAAUCAUCGCGGGCCCAGACCCGAAUGACAACUUCACACUCGCGCAGCCGACACCCGUUCCCGACUACACACUCGCACUCAAUCCUAAUGCGCUCGCGGGUAAGCGCAUCGGCGUGCCCCGCGCGGUGUUCCUCAACGACUCCAUUACGGGUAGCGACCCGUACGUGAACGAGGUGUUCGAGCAGGCGCUGAAUACGAUGAGGGCGCUGGGUGCGACGGUGGUGGAUCCUGCUGACUUGCCGAGUGCGGAGGCGAUUGCGACGUCCGACAACGAGACGAUCGUACUGGAUACGGACUUCAAGAUCCAGUUGAAUGCGUGGUACAAGAGUCUCCUCUCCAACCCUUCUGGCGUGCGGUCCCUCGCUGAGCUCAUUGCAUUCGACGACGCAAACCCAACCCUCGAAGAGCCUCCGCGAUACACAGACCAAUCUAUCCUGAUCGCCUCCGAAGCAACGACCGGCAUGAACGCGACUUACUACGCCGCGCUCGCAUACGACUAUGAGAUGGGACGGACGAACGGGAUCGACGCCGCGCUAGACAUGUACGACCUUGAUGCUCUGGUGCUCCCAGCGCCCGGCUUCACGACCGUCCCUGCAGCUAUUGCCGGCUACCCGAUAGUAACCAUCCCCAUGGGAUUCUAUCCCGACAACGUCACGAUCGGCCUUGCGGGCCCCGAGACGGUCUACCCCGCGCCCGGCGUACCCAUCGGCCUGUCCUUCCUCGGCACGGCUUACAGCGAGUUUGAACUCGUCUCAUACGCAUUUGCGUACGAGCAGCACACUCACACACGCCUAGCGAGGAGAGCCUACGAGGAAGCGAUCCCAACAACGCAGUUAUGGGAUAUCAUUUACGGGGCUUAGCGGGUGUCAUACGUGGAUUGCUGGGCAUUGUCCGAGGGUGCUGUACGCGCGUAAGUAUGGUGUCCAGUCAAGGUCGAACGUCAUGCAUUCAUGCUUUGCCCUGCUA